UCAUCUUUUGAAACCAUGGGGACAAAUGCGGCUUUUAAAGGGAGGCUGAUUGUGAAUUAUGAAACCGGGGCCCUGAACAUUAGUUCUCUGAGAGAAGAGGAUUCUGGGGAAUAUGUCUUUAAGCGUUUCAGACUAUCUGGGCCCCUUCGGCCAAAAACGAUACAACUACACAUUUAUGAGAGGAUUGUUUCAGUGCAGGUAACCUCCCAGGUGAAUAACAGCACAGACGGCAGCAGCUGUCACGUGACCCUGAGUUGCAGUGUGAUUGGUGGCAGCCAGGUGGCGCUGUCCUGGAGCAGAAAUGGAGAGAACAUUGCUGGAGCGGAGAACAGAGCUACCCUGACUGUAUCCCCCACUCGUGCAGAAGAGGACUACACCUGUACGGCCAUUAACCCCAUCAGCUCACUAAACAACACAGUGACAGCCGGGCCCUGCCAAAUAGAGAGGAUUGUUUCAGUGCAGGUAACCUCCCAGGUGAAUAACAGCACAGACGGCAACAGCUGUCACGUGACCCUGAGUUGCAGUGUGAUUGGAGGCAGCCAGGUGGCGCUGUCCUGGAGCAGAAAUGGAGAGAACAUUGCUGGAGCGGAGAACAGAACUACCCUCACUGUAUCCCCCACCCGUGCAGAAGAGGACUACACCUGUACGGCCAUUAACCCCGUCAGCUCACUAAACAACACAGUGACAGCCGGGCCCUGCCAAACAGUGCUGCAGGUGUCCGGUGUGCACGGGACUUCACUAGUGCUGAAUGGAGCCGUGGGGGAGUCCAUUGUGCUGCCCACGGAUGAGGAAGGACCAAUCAGAGGACCAGGCUUAAUGGAGUGGUUAAAGAACAAGGUUACUGUCAUCAAAUUAGUGAGCAAGCAGGACAGCUCACCUUUUGAAACCCGGAAGACAAAUGCAGCUUUUAAAGGGAGGCUGAUUGUGAAUAAUGAAACCGGGGCCCUGAACAUUAGUUCUCUGAGAGAAGAGGAUUCUGGGGAAUAUGUCUUUGAGGGUAUUGGAUCAUCCACGUCCCUCAGGCCAAAAACGAUACAACUACACAUUUAUGAGAGGAUUGUUUCAGUGCAGGUAACCUCCCAGGUGAAUAACAACGCAGACGGCACCAGCUGUAACGCGACCCUGAGUUGCAGUGUGAUUGGUGGCAGCCAGGUGGUGCUGUCCUGGAGCAGAAAUGGAGAGAACAUUGCUGGAGCGGAGAACAGAACUACGCUGAGUGUAUCCCCCACUCGUGCAGAAGAGGACCACACCUGUACGGCCAUUAACCCCGUCGGCUCACAAAGCAACACAACCAGGCCCUGCCAAACAGGUCUAGAUUCUCAUGGCCUCUCACUGUGUGAGCUAAAGUCAGUGCUGUUCUCCCUGGGUCUGGUUGCCAUGGUUUCGGCUGUCAUCGCAGUUAAUGUCAGAGAAAGGUGCUGCAGAGAUCAAUGGGGACUCAGAAAGGAGGAUGAAUCUGUCAGAGUGAUGGAGAAAAUUCCUACCUGAAAUAGCUGUGUGUGUGUGUGUGUGUACGUGUGUGUGUGUGUGUGUGUGUGUGUGUGUGUGUGUGUGUGUGUGUGUGUGUGUGUAUGUGUGUGCAUGUGU